AUGUCUACGCCAGAAGAUAACAUGAAAUACGCAAAAACCGGCAACCGGUAUUACACAGAUACUCCGGCCGCCACCGUGAAGCGGGCUGCGGAAAAAGUCGAAGAGUUUUCGACCGACUUGAACACAAAACUCCAAUAUCUGAUACAGCUGGUGGAAGAAAACAAAUACACGUGGUACCCGUUCGCCAUGUUGGCGUUGGCCACGGUCCCCGUGAUUAUAGUUCUGUGUCAACACGCCAUAGGUAAUAUGAUAAAAGCGUUUGUAAUCAUAAUUUACGCGCUGAUGUUGGCCAUGACUUUGUUUUUAUUCCGGAAAUGA